CUCUUUCUUGAUGCCUGGGAGCCGUGUGGGUCCACAAUCGUUGUGUCUGAAGGGCAAUUCGCUUGAGAUGGAAUUUCACGGGCGUAUUGGUGACAUCUGCGCGGAGGUGUCGUGCCAGGCGGGGACUGUCCGUGUUCGGUACCUUGGUAAUGAUGCGUGGCACUUGUGUCCAGAAGGCGCGUCACUGACCCCAAAGUUGCCGUUCAUUGGAGGCCAAAUUUUAUGCCCAAGGGCCGUUGACGUAUGUUCCCAGCUGUCUGAUACAUCCCCUGGCGAGAGCGCACAUGAGGAGAACCAAGAUGAAAUUGACACCCCCCAUAAGAGGGAGGAAAAAGGGAUGGAUGACACCUCUGCUCCUGCAGAAAAAAAACAUGAUGAUCGCAGGAAACGUGAACCGAGUCUACUUGAGAAAAUGUGUCGGCUGCUGGGAAUCAACUGUCCUAAGAUCAAUUGGAGAAAGGUCUGGCCCUUCUUUUCCUCCCGUGGCAUGGGGUAA